AUGAAGUUGGCUUUGAAAGGCGACGCCAUCGAGCAGCGUUUCAAGGACAGAAUUAAGGCGGGAUCUCGCCAGAAUGUGAAGCAACCCGCAGAGAUUCGUGCUUAUCUUGAAAAGUCGGCGCAGGGAAUUCUUGAGAUCGACAGACAGAUCCAGGAUCCCAAGACGGAGAAGAAAAGAUCGAAGAAGCUCCGAGCUGGCUUUCUUAGGAACAUCAGGGAGAAGAUGUGCUUGAGCGACGAUGCGAAGGAUCUUUCCGCAAAGUUUUUGGCAGCACGGGCAAACGGUCGCAUUGACGCUCCUGUUGUGUGUUCUUGGGACCUGUGCGAUGCAGGGACGGCGUUGGACGCCGGCAAGCCUUACAGAAAAUGCGCGAACUGCUCACUCGCUAUCUACUGCAACAAAGAACAUCAGAAGAUGCACUGGAAAACCCACAAGAAGCACUGCAAGCAGGCCAAGAAUCGAGGAGAGAGUGAUCUUGUCGUCGCCCCUACCAAAACCGCCGCUGCGAAUGAGCGCACAGCCUACUCACAAAGGCAGCGGCCUGCUGCGGCCGCCGACGCUUCCUCUCCGCGCUUCCUCGAGGCCGCCGUGAGGACACGUGUCCAGCAGACGCUGAACUCUGCGAGCAUUACCGACGACGACCGCUUGAACACGCACGCUCCGGAAGUUCUCAGUGCAGAGGACUGA